GAUAUUAGCGCGCACCACCGCUAACUAGCUAGCCAUUUCACAUCGGUUACACUUAGUGAUGUGAUAUUUGACUAACGGUAUGUAAAAAUGGAUGUACUUACUUUGAUAGGUUCACACCUUUGCCCACGAAGCAGCCAAUCAUUUGGAGCCGGUUUUGCUCAAAACGCUGUGUUUGCGCCAGCCGAAAAUAAAGCCCUGAAUGUGUAGCUAACUUAAUAAAACAGUACAGCAUUUCAAAGAACAGCGCGCUGCCAUCGUACCCGUUUCAUUUAACCACACCCUUUGAGCUAUGACCCACGCCAAUAAGAUCCUUUCUCUUCAAUGUAAACGGAAGUGACCAGUGACGGAGUACGAGUUCCACUUCAGCGUUUUUAUUUUUGUUAUUUAGACAUUCAUCAACACCAUGUAACUCAAAAUAUUACUAUUUUAACUGCACGGCAUAACAUACUUACCCCCAGGUGGUGUUUAAUUCACGUUGGAGACAGGACUUAAUAUAUGUUAUCUAGUUAACGCUAGCAAGGAGCUAACAAUGGCUAACUGUAUGGUUUAUCACACUCAAAUAGCCUCCAUCAUGGAGGUGCUAGCGAAUGCAGCCGUGGCGGAGAUCUGUAAACUCGUAGACGACGACUAUGCAGUGAUCCGUUUGGAAAUGUCUCAAAGCCAGAAAGAAAACAGGGCAAUGCGGAGGAAACUACAGCUACUGGAACUGAAGAUGGCACGGGAGCGCGCAGAGCGCGUCCUCGCCAGUCGUCCCAGUAGUGUCAAGAUCCUCGACCGAUACAGAGGAAUGGCAAAAGGUGAAGGGCAUCUCACUGGAGGCCACAGGGGCUUGGUGAAGCCAGCGGGACACAAUACAUGGAGAGAUGACCAACCAAUCACUGUUGAUGAGGGGAAUGGAACCUCAACCCAGCACAUUAUUGUGAUAGAGUCUGCAGAUGCAGAGGCUGUAGGUCCUGGGGUCAAGCAGGAGAGGUCCGAAGGAAAGGAGCUACAACACAGCAGAGACAUGACUGGAGCAGCGGCUGGAGUAGCAUCCCCUGUAGCCACGGAGGACUCUACCACCACCCCAGCGCAGCCCAGGACGCGACGCAGCAUCAUGGAGGAGGAGGAGGGUCCAGAGGUUCUGCUGGUGAAGGAGGAGGGUUGUGAGGAGGGUCUGGGGAACCCCGAGGGGACUAUGGUCAUGGAGGACAACCAGACUACACCUCCUCCUGAACCCACAGAGGAGCCAGCUGAGCAGUACAGGACCACACACAGUCUCACUGAGUCAGUAGACAUGGAGGAUGGGAAGCCUGAUCUGCUGCUGGUCAAAGAGGAGACCAUAGAAGGUGGACCAGAGAGCAUUAACCUGCUGAGUGGACUAAAGAUGGGGGAGCAAGGUGGUUGGCUGGAAGCUAACAGAGGAGACUGGGUGACCAUCUUGGAUUCCCAGACCCAGACUGGUGCAGCCAAGGGCCCGGGGGAUGACAUCACUGAGCAGGCCAGGACCAGAGGAGACCAAGUGGAGUCUGCAGUCCAUGAAGACCUGCUGAUAUCCGGUGUUGCUGACGGGAGAGACUGGACCUCUGAAGCACCUGGUCACAAACCCUGGCCACGGAUCAGAACCCUGGAUCAGGAGCCGUUUCUCUUCCUUCCCAAGUCAGGACCAGGACCGAACCACGAAGGACCGAGACUCCACCACCACACCGAACACAACCAGUGGACAGGUGGACUGAACAACCUCAGUCCUGGUGGUCAUCAGAGAGACAGAGGCUCCAGUCAAGAAUCCAGUCUGCAGCCCAGACCCUUCUCUUUACAGUCUCAGUGCAGGAAUGAAGCAGGGCCUGGGGCUGAUAGAGAUAGACCCUCCUGUUCCUAUGAUACAAACACCACAGUAUCCAUGAUGAACAGAGCAGGUCACCCUGGGCUUCAGCCUUCACAGAGAGUGGUGGGAGACCCCCCUGGUGGUAGUCUAUCAGCAAGUGUGUCUUCUCCUUCAGGGUCUUGUCUAAUGCCUGGUGACUGGGUUCAUAGAAAGCCUGGACCUGGGUCUAGCCUUCCUCAGUUACCUCAUGGUUACCCCACCAAUACAGACAGGGUCAGAAUGGGUGUUCAUCACAAGAGGUACCUAGCCUAUAACACAGCACACAAUCCCAACAACACCCAAACAAUGGCUAGAGGUCAAGGUAGGAGCUCAAAGACCAACCACCUGGGGGUGGUGGCUCCUGCUUCUACCUCCUCUGGUGUCAUUGGGUCACAAUGUGGUAGGCCGAGUGUUAGGACAGACGCUGACAAGCCGUAUGCCUGUCCCACGUGUGGGAAGCGUUUUGCUAAGGUGAACUAUGUGAAGCAGCACCAGACUGUUCACACCAAGGAGAGGCCCUUCAUGUGUAAGCUGUGUUACAAGAGGUUUUCCUUCCUUAGUAACCUCAUCAGACAUAGGAGUGUCCACAAUGGGGAGAAAUCAUAGCAGUGUGGCUUGAGAUGUAGGCUAUAUAGGGGAUGUCUGGGACCUAUUCUUUAGCUGACAUAUUCCAGUUAUCAUGUGAAGUGUCCUGGGUAGCUCACAGGAUACAUACUUGUUUGGUGUGUUGACAUAGUAAAUAACGCUGUAAUUGAAGUGUAACACUAUCAGUUCGUACGUAAACUCACUCUGGCUAUCUACUCCGAUUUAAUGACUGGUGUCAGUAAACAUUUUUAAAAAACGUCAUUAAAUUGUUGCCAGCAGCACAGUUACAGUCACCAACGCUCCAGAUAACAUGAAAACAGCC